AUGAACAACUUCAUGGAGGAGGCCGGAGACACGGACCUUGUGGGGAUGGGGCUUCGUGUCACCGUGUCCCCUGCACAGACUGCCUUUUACAUCAUCCUGGUGUUGCUGGGCAUCCUGGGUAAUGCCACUGUGGUCGGAGUGAUUGGUAAGAGUGUAUUAAAGGACCGUGGUGGGGGACGUAACUCGGACAUCAUUAUCAUUAACAUGGCACUGUCGAACCUGCUGGUGUCUCUGGUGAGGAACACGCUGCUUGUCAUCUCAGAUACGGGACUCGAGCUAUACUCUUCCAAAGAGUGGUGUCAGUUCCUCAUGGGGGUCUGGGUGUGGCUGCGCUCAGUCAACGUGUGGUCAACACUCUUCCUCAGUGCGUUCCACCUCCAGACAUUGAGGCGUGUGGCUCCCACUAUCGGGAACCUUCAUGGGCCCCGAGGCGCUCCUAGAACACUACUGCUAAGCCUGGGCCUCAUCUGGCUUCUCAACUUCAUUUACUCCAUUCCUGCUCAUAUGUUUUCUACAAAUGGGAACGAGAACAGCACAGAGACCCUGAUGCUGGUGAGCAGCACAACGCGCCCCCUGCUGGGCUGCGUGUGGAACUUUCCCUCCAUCUACAGUGGCCUGGCCUAUGCCACCACGUCUAUGGUGAUACAUGAAACAAUUCCCAUAAUCCUAAUGGCCUUUACCAACAUGGGCUCCCUUUACACACUCUACACCCACGGGAGGAAGCGGAGUUCAUUGCAAGAUGCCCCUGUGAUAAAACGGGUGCCUGCUGAGAGACGAGCAGCCAAGGUGAUUCUCGCUCUCAUAAUGCUCUUCAUUGCAUCCUGGGGAACCAGCAUUAUCUCUGUCAACUAUUUCAACUACAACCGCGGUUCCUCUGCUGAGUUUCUUCUGGUCAUUGCUCGUUUUGCCAACAUUAUCUUCAUUGCCAUGUCACCUGCUGUUCUGGCAGUUGGCCACCGGCGGUUGCGUUCUUUCAUCAAGUCUACGCUCGCUCACUGA